UUGGUGAAUUAAAGCUUCUUAAAAGUUAACGUUUCUUUCCUUGAGCCUCAACAAUUAAUCAGCUUGCUAAUUGUUUUCUCUUUUGCUAAUCAAUUUAAUUUAAAUUCCAAAUUUAUUGAUAAAAGUUGAAUCGAUUAACUUUCAAUUAGUUUGUUGAAGAAAAAAAAAAGUUCCAAAAUCAAAGGAAUACAAAUAAUUAGUCAUUUCCAAUUUGAAUUCAGUGAUUUGUGGUGAAUUUUUUUUCUGCAAUUCUUCUGGUGGAUUAGCUGAUUGGAUUAAUUUUUCGUCGGAUUAAUUGGUAAUCAUGCCUUUCUAUACGAAAAUCGGUAAUUUUGCUGCGGUCACUUGGUGUUCAAUUGGUUCAUCGCUUUUGGGCAUUUUUCUUAUGCUCGUUGGGGCCAUUUUAACGGGUAUCGCUUUCACGGAGAUCACUCCACCCGAUUAUGAUGAGAAUUACAAAAGAUACAUUGGAUCUAAUUUGAUGAGAGUUAUUGGUCCUCUUUUCCUUGGAUUUGGUGGGAUGCUCGUCAUUGGAUCUUGUGGUUUCUUCACAUUUGCAUUCGUUAGCGAAAGUCGUAAACAAGAUCGCGACACCGCCUCUGGGCAUAUGGGCUACGAUGCCCGAGCCGAAGGUCCAGAAGUCGAGAAGUUACAAAAUCCAUAAUAAUCGGACAAUCGUUGAUAACAAUUAAAAAUUGAUUUUACGAUCCGUCAAUUUAUCCUUUUCAUCAACCCGCAAACAAUUCACCCUCAAUCAAACAUACUAAUUGUUGAGAAAUUAUGACAUUUAACUAAUUAUCUGCAACCUACCUCUCUUAUAUUGAUUUUUAGCUCCAUAAUUAACUCAACAACAAAACUUUUUUUUAAGAAAAUCAAUUUCACUUUAUAUAUAAUCACAAUCAAUUACCAAUUGUGAAAAUUUGUUUUACAUUAAUUUUAUUUUACCGAUUUUCAUAGUUUCACCAUCAGUAAGUAAAUUGUAACAAAUGACUUACAAUUAAUUGAUAAGAUUUUUAUUGAAAUGACUUGUAUUCAAACUACAAUUUAUUAUUCACUUCUUAAUUGUAUUGAUUAAAAUUUAAAAAUCGAAAA